CGUCAUCGAUAAGCGCCUCAGUUGGCCUUCGAAAUGGGCUCGUCUGCCGAGCCUUGAUUUCUCUAAUUGUCCCUCAGGAUGUCAACUUUUUAUACAGCAACGUCCACCCGAGAUGUCAUUUGGAGGUGAUUUGAAAGGGGAAGCCAGCCGGGUGAUUUCGGAACUACAUCCUGUGCAGGCUAACUUGCUUAAAGGUUUUGGUUCCUGUACAGUCUAACAAGGUGAUCCACCUUUGCUGAGGUUGCUAUGAAACCUGCUCAGGAGCGCAACCAGGAGUGCCUACCUCCGAAAAAGAGGGACCACAUUGUCAGUAACAGUGGUGGAGUCGGAGGGGCAGGUGGUGCCACUGGAGGAGGAGGAGGGACGAGAGCAGUUGGUAGCGUUGCUGGAAGUGCUGCACGGGAAGAAAAUGUGGCUUCUGCACCAAACAAUACAGCCAACAGUGACGCAACAUCUGGAGAAUGGGUUCGACACCAGCCAGGAGUUCCUUAUGGAGUAGAAGGCUCAGAUGGCAUGUCGGCCGUACCACUAGACCAGUACAGUAUGCUUUACAAAGUGGCACUGCCUUCGCCCACCAGUCUUCACCCGGUGUUAAGCCACAUCUCUCCUGCUUACACUGUUCACUCUCCUCUUCUCCAGCACCCUGGACUCUCUUAUCCUCCUCUUGGUUAUCAGAUCCCACAUUCCUCCCUCCAGUUUGUCAGCUCCCCAUACGCCACAUUACCUUACGCUCUGCCCUCUGGCAUUGUUCCUGGCUCCUUAAUCUCUCCCUCAGGCACCAUUCCUCAGGCCCAUGCAGUGUCCCACCUUGUUCCCUACCCAUCUGUCAUACAGGAAGGGGUUGUUUCUCCUCCUCCCCAGGCCCAGGUAGCUGCUCACACCUUUGCCAAAGUCACAGCCUCCAGUGGUGUACCGCUGGUGUUGCCUUCAGAGCAGGCUGCCCAGCAGCAUAUUGGGUCUCUUGGAAUCUUGCCGGCAGCAGAGCUUGGCUCUCGAGCGCUGUCGGUCUACUAUCACCCUCAGGCCGCCAGAGCCGCUGCUGCUACCAGAGAACUAUCCAGUAAUCAGCAGGAGAAUGAAGCCGAGAUGAAUGGUGGGGACAAAGAACCGGGGGCCCGGGAUUGUAUCCAAGAUUACAAUGCCCGAAAUGCUCGUCUGCAUCAGAUAGCAGUCAGCUCCGAAGCUCAGGAGCAAAAGCAGGACAGAGGGUCACAGAGCCGGAGACUUGGCUCCCCGUGUCCGCGGAGCACUUCGGACACCGACUUGGAGGUACAGCUGGUGGUCGGUCGACAGGGAGUUACAGCAGGCAGGAAAGAAGUCUCCUUUGCUCCUCUGAAUCUUUCUCAAGGUGUCCAGAGAACCAAGGAGCUGCACGUUGAGACCACCGGAAUGAUGGCGGAUCGCCCCACAUACACAGUUCAACCUGUGAGUAUCAAUGACCCCAGGCUCCCUAGUCUUCAGCAGCAUGUGGCUCAGUCUGGCCACACAGUCAUGCUGGCCAACAACCAGCCAGUUCUUCUUCCCAUGGACUAUCAUCUGCAACAACAACAGACUCUGCAUCAUCAGCCGCAGCAGCACGUGCAAACCAAUGAUGGUCCCUCUAACGCUGGCUUCAAAUCAAGAGCAUGCCUGUCUGAUGGAGAUGUGACUGAAGUAACUUCGCAGCAGCCGCCCCAGCCUCCUGCCGAUGUGACCCCAGCCUUAGCAUCAAGUGUCGUGCCCGCUCCAGCGGCAUGCAAUCCUUCACACUUUAUGAAGGGCGCCAUCAUUCAGUUGGCCACCGGUGAACUCAAGCGUGUAGAGGACCUAAAGACCCAGGACUUUGUACGCAGUGCAGAGGUCAGCGGGGGACUUAAGAUUGACUCUAGCAUGGUGAUGGACAUUCGACCGAGCCAGCAGAGACCGGGCUUGGUCUCGCUUCACUUCACUGUGGGUGAACAGCAAAGCAGAGUGACCAUCGAUGUUCCACCAGAGCACCCCUUCUUUGUUUUCGGACAAGGCUGGUCGUCUUACAGUCCGGAGCGCACUGCCCAGCUCUAUGGUUUGACCUGCCACCAUCUGCAAAUAGGAGACGUGUGCGUGUCCAUCACCCUGCAGCAGCAGCAGCAGCAGCAACAGUCUCAGUCACAGCAGCAGAAGCAGUCACAACAUCAUCAGUCGCAACAGCAGAGCUCGUCUCGGACUCCCCACAAAACCAUCACGAUUUCUUCAGAGUCAGGUCAUCAACUCAUGGGACCACCAGCCCCACAACAUUCCCGCUCACUGUCCCAAUCUAGAGUAGAACGCAUUCAAAGAGAGAGACACAGAGAUGCGGAUGUGGUGGAUAAGGAGGAAGCCACAACGUUGGGCGUGGGUGAACAUUUGGAACAGUCUUGCAGACCAAGUAGGAACUCAGCAGAGCAUCCAAGGAGUCACAGCAGUUACCAUUUGCACACGGAGGCUUCUGCUUUCACUGCAGGUGGACUGAGCGCAGUGCAGGCAGCGCUCGGUUCAUCUCAGAGGCGGUGGUCCUCACCAGGACUCCAACGGUUCAAUAUGAAGGGUGAUGAAGGUUCGCGACCUCAGUUAAACACGUCGGGCCACUCGAGACCAUCAUUCAUCCCCCAGGAGGUCAAACUGUCCAUCGAGGGGCGCUCUAAUGCAGGGAAGUAGCAUCGUGUUUGGUAGCAACUCUGGAAGAAACUGCCACGAGUUCGUAGUCUGACUAGGAGAGAAAGAGGAGAAAAGAGUGUGAAUGUAGCCUCAGAAUGUUUGAGAUUUUGCACAAUCAAAAAACAUACAAAAUCUUUGUCUAUUUGUUGGAGCGCGUAUUUGCUUUCACUUAGCCAAAGGGGCCUCUGGGUUCACCACAGGUUCAACAGAUUGAAGACAGAGUAAAAAGUAUGUAGCUGAUAAAAAUGCCAACCAUAGUUUGUACUCACUACAUUUCUCUCUUCCUCCCUCCCUCCUCUGUCAUCGCCUCCAGGAGUUGACCAUCUCAUUCUUAGCGUGCCCGCUCUCUGAAGCCAAACUUUCCCAUUGGAGCCCUGCUGCUCGCACCAGAAAGUGCUUCGCCGAUACUAAAGCUCCUUGCGUCGCUUGACAGCAGUCGAAAGAUCCAUGAUGAUUUAGCUCCGACAUUCCUCUAUCCUCAAACAGCUUUUUGCCAAAACAAAGCAUAGCUGGUUCUGUUCUGCAGCUCCUUUGUUGACACUAACUCGCUGCGCGUUUCAUUUAUUUCUCAUAUCUGUGAAGCAGAAAUAUCUUCUUGUUCUUUUCACAGUCAGCAGGCAAAAAAAUUGGAUCCCGUUUCAGGAUCUUGUUUCCCACUUAUCUUACAAGUCAGUAUGACCGUAGGUUGAGCUAUAAGGAUGAAAAUAUUAAGUAUUUCACUCACCAGAACCACAGAUUUUUUUUUCAUCGUGCAAACAAAGUGAAUACUGAAGGGUAUUCAUGUCCGAAGAAGAAUUCUAUGUUGCAGCGCCACCCAGUGGUUGGGAUGUAUGCUUACACAUGCUCAUAGGAAGGAUUUCUGUCUUUCAGCUCUCAUUGGCAAAUCUCACGUUGUAUUGUUACCAGCCCCUGAAUAGCACAGAGAUUUAAUAAUGAAUUAGUUAUUUCCUUCAAUAGUAAUCUGUCAAUAUUUUUGGCCAGAAGAAUAGUCAAAUUCUUGUAUCGGCUACUUAUUAACCCAUUGGGUUUUUAUAAAAACAAAUUCCAUUCGUACUUUGUCUUUUUCUAAAUGAAAAAUGUUAAAUUCAUGUUAAAGUCACUUAUUUGGUACAUGAGUCAUUUGUGCCCCAAAAGGUCAUAUUAGCCUCAAGCUUUGUUUGUGCUUCUCUUCUGCUGGGUCAAGUUGGGACUUGAGUGCAGCCGCGUCGCCUGAUUCAACAUGUCACUUACAAGCUCGCUUGACUUCCCAGACCAACGUGCGUUGUGCUGGGUUGUUUUCUGCAUCUGUGCGUCAGUUGUACAAGCAUUUAUUCAUCAUCUUGUAUCACCGGUGAGAUGACCCACCGUUAGUACCUCAAAACUUUGACCAGCCACUUGAGCUUGGGAAGGGCUGGCUGAUCUACCAAAGCCGUGUGUGGGACAGAAAGUUAGAAACUAGUGGAGGUCAUUGAUUUUGACCGUAGUUUUAUCUCUCGCUUUCUUCACUGGCUGCGCUUCGAGUUGGUGUCGGAAGUCUCCUUUGAGGGAGACACCUGUGCUGAUAAAUUCCACAGUCAGUUGUGUUCUUCAGCUGAGAUUCAUUUUUCGUCUACGUUUCAUUUCACUGCAGGAAGUGACUGGUGGCCCCAACUAUUGUGUUUGUUCAUCAUACAAAGAAAGAACUAUUACUGAGUUGCUGCUGGUUUUUGGUUUAGGUUUAGAUUUUUUUGAAUUGCUACGAUGUCUUUCAAUAGUUUUCCUCGCUGUAGACUGACUGUCUUUGUCUCUUCAAAGACAGUGUCUAAGGGGCUGCCACGUGUUGCAUCUUCAUGAGUGAGGAUUUUGAGAUCAAAUCUGCAGUGAACUGAGGAAGUGAUGGGUGAGAUGCAAUCCAUCAGCUGACCUUUUUGUGGCACACUGUCAAAACUGCAGAUGUGACAGGCAAAAUAGGUUUGUAUGUGGUGAGCUGUUGAGAGCACAUCUAUCUCAGAGCCUGGAGAGACUAUGCACUGAGGAGCUGAGGCUCAUUGCUCAGCCUGCAGUCCCUGCACAGUAGUUGAUAAUAAACCGAUGUGUUUGGUCCCCAAUUUUGAACUUUCAGCAUAGAAUCAUUCAAAUACUGAAUAUAGAAAAACAUACUGACCCUUUGUUAUGUUUCAUUGUGCAAGUUAUCUCUUGUACACUCUUUAUGUUUACGGUUUUGCGACAAUAUUUUAGCCACCAUGAUUGUCUUGUGUUGCACAACGUUACUCUGUGGUUUCAUACUGACCUUUUUUUUUUAGAUGGGUUUUUGUAAAUGAAGGGAACUCGUAAGACGUUGCUUUAGUGGAAAAACCGACCUGCAUUUUUAUCUGUGUUUACAAAUUAGCCAAGAUAAAUGCUGCGGUUUCUCCAGUGUGACGGUCACUCAAUAACGGUGAAGCAAAUCUCAAGUGCAAUUAGCUCAUGACGCAGACAUUCCUGGGAGAGUGUUUAUCAUGCAGUCGUUUUAGGAAGUUUAACUCUGUCGCGCUGAACUUCAGGUGCUUUUGUCGUCACUGAUGUCAUUUCCCACGUGUUUGCUGCGCAGUGUGUCUGGAAAGAGGUUGGUUUUUUGGGAGGGUCUCUGUGUUGUUGUGCUACACUAAAGGCAGCAUCUGCAUCUUGUCAGCUCUUUCAGUCUGACUGUAGUGACACUGGUGUUGUAGCUCACUGAGAUGGUUUUCUUGUCGUUUUUUUUAACUGCUGGCACCAAAAAAAAAAGCCACCAAGAUGCAUAUCUCGGGGUUGGUUUCUCUAAAGACAAUCAGACGAUGUCCAGCUACCUUUCCGGCGGGUAUGUGGCGUCCAACUUGUGCCUGGAUCAGUAACCUUCUUCACCACGUACAUCAUCACCCUGAUGUGAAAACAUGUAAAGUAAUGAAGCAGACUGACGCAGUUUGUGCUUGAGAUUUGAAGUUGGAUCGUGAGUUCCUCUCAGCGAUAUUGCAUCCACUGUAUUUUCAGAGUCAUAACAAGAAUAUAUAUGUAUAUCGCCGCUUAUAAUUUGGAGUAGAAGCCUUUCACUUGUGGACCUCACUUCUUAGAAUUUUAUCACCUCCUCCUCUGGAGGCUCUUCACAGCUCUCGUCCCAUCUCGCUGCAAAGCAAUAUCCGUCAUUUCAACACAUCGCCGUGAGUCUAUGCAGUCAACUCAGUAUUGUCGCCGCCUUGGUGUGGUACAACAAAGUAUUUUCCUUGCUGCGUGACGAGACGAAAACACAAGGGCUGAGCAGUAUCGACCUGGUUUUUUGCGUCACUGAAUAGCAAUGUUCAUUUCAACGGUUCUUAUGCUUGAGCAGUUAAAUCAUGUAGUUUUGGGUUUACAACCGUCAUGUGUUUGCCUGACAGGUUUUGUUUAUUCAAAGUCUAUAAAACCUAUAUUUUUGUCUCUGUACAUUUUAAAGGUCGGCAAUAUAUCGAGAAAAUGGUUUAUGGUUUGCCUUGGCAUACGCUUGACAUUUCCCAUUUACUUACACACUGACAUCACCUCUGACGGGUCAAAGCCUGUCACAUGACAUAGGACGUAAACAAAAAGCAAAAAUGCGAUAGUAGUCGGAAUUGCUCUUAUUAGUGGCUUUAAGUUUGCCAUCCACAAAUGUUUACAUCAGGCUACACAACCUGCUGUUCAUACUGCUCACCCCUGCUGUGCUUCCGUCAGCUUUAACAGUCACCGUUUUCAAUCCUGUUUCUGCGACUUCUUUUUUGAUAAUCUGCUUAGCUGGCAAAUUCCAAUUGACCCAACGUGUCCAGGAGGGUUCCCCUCCCUGCUGUAAGUAAUUGCACUAAUAGUUCUCUGUCACAGAAUAAAGUGAAGACGUGGUGAAGCACACAGAGAAAGCGCAGCGGUGUGUUUCUGUAGAUAGUUUUCUUUGUACAGAUAGCUUUGUCUCUCGUCCGUAAUGCCUUAAAUUCUGCUCGUGUUAAGAUGGAGUUGUGCUUUUGGCUGUACUUUUAGAAUCCCCUCACAACUUUGGAUUUUAUUUCACUGCACAAACCCACAGACACGUUUACUUUCCCACCAGACAAAGCCAAAAGUACCCAGGAGCCAAGCGCACGUCUUAUGGAUAUAGUUGCACAAGGUGACGAUAGAUCAGAGCAAAUGUGUGUGUGAUAGCUUUCUCCUGGUGGUGUUCUUAAACUGCGACGACGGACUUUUGUGAGUGUCGCUGACGUCCUACGAGACGAGAAGAAACGGUUUUAACAACGUCUGUGUAUUUUCAGAUUUGUACUUUCUUGGCACAAGGUGACACUGCUUUUUUUUUUUUUAAAUGUGAUGUGUAACUAAAAUACUUGCCUAAAUCUGCAAAAUAUAUGCAAUGAUUUUAAUGUACCAUUCAAUCCUCAAGUAUAAUCCAGGUCGUAUGAACUUUGUAUAGUGAGUUUUAAUACUGUACGGUCGUACCAACAUGUAUUGAUCUUAUCAGAAGCCUUAGCGUUGUCGACCCAAAGUGCUCCCUUAGAUGACCCUACCUGAACUUAACAAAGCAUUAAUAUUUCUAUUCCGUUGCCAUUUUAUUUGUACCCUUUUUGAAUACGAUAGAUUUGUACUGUAUAUUUGUACCUUUCUGUGAACUACUUUUUUUUCGCCGUUUUAAUUCUAUGUACUUAAGGACACAAAGAUAUUGUAUUUUUAUUGUUACAGCUAACUUGGAGACAUUGCAUUUAUCAUGUUUAAGUAAACACAAUAUAAUAUAUAUGUAAACGAAUAUAAAUAUAAACUAUUAUUCCACUUGUGUUUCUUGUGUUUGUUUUUCAGACAUUUUCUUUAUGCACAUUAACAGAGUUGCAGUACAAGUAGGGCCACUGUUUAGUAUGAGUUUAUAAAG